UGGAGGAGGUUGCCAGCAGCUACGAACACGCGCGGCGCCCGUUCUGGCGCAUGCGACGGGAUAUCGGCGCUAGCCGCGAUAUGAAGAGCUUCCGGCUGGCGGGGAUUCGGUUUAUGAAAAAUGGCGAAGGAGUAGGGGCUUGCCCCUUAUAAAUUUGCUAGCUAGUCGUGUCACUACUCAUCAGACGGCCACACAAGAAAGAUAGCACUCUGUAUGGCACUUUGUAUGGCUCUCACGCUUUAGCGAUGAAUCUUGUUCGUUCUUCAAGUACUGAAAAAAAUAAGUACUUAAAAGGUUCAUAUAUUUACCUAGAAGAUGGACGAGGUAAAGUGGGAGUAGAAAACAAAGGGUUGGUCUAAUUCUUUCGAGGGGCAAUCCGACACAUUAAAUGAGGUCGUGCGGCUGCGCGCUGCCGGGUCUGCAGGUAGGGGGCCGCUCUACCUUCCGAUCUGAAUACACGAACUGGAUCGCGGAGGUGUAGCCACUAAUCCUGAAUUGGUCUGUUUUGUCGAUGUACACGGGACUAACCGCACAGAUGUCGAGUGGUCAUGCAAUUCGUGGACGAUGUACGGCAGCCAGAAUGCGAUGAGUAAUGGCAGGUUACCCGAAGCGCGGGCCGACGGGGCUCGCUCCGUGCGCAUGUGCUACACAAAGGAUAGGCUCUUCGGAAACAUUCUGGUGCACAUUCGUAACGACUUCCGAGACGCCUUCGGCGACAAUGCAGGAGAGCUAGAAGAGGAGAACCGGGGGCACCUUGGCCUUGCGUUGCUGAAUGAGGUUGAACGUGAUGGCUUCGAGAUUGUCGGGCCUGCGUCUUAUGUGGUGUUCCAGUUGGAAUCGUACGACGAACAGCAGCGGUUCCUUGAACUUCUAGACUCGUGGAAGAAAGUCGACUGGUGCCACAUUGCCGAAGAGUGGCUGGAACCUGGUCAGCGUUUGUCAUGGGACCCAAAUGUGAGGAAAGAGGUACAAGGUCACUCGUGUCCAAGUUUCUAACUACCGACAAAAUCCGCGCAAGGAUACCAGAACGCGAAAUGCGUGAGGCUUUUGAUAAGUGGGACGCUUAUUGCGUCAGCUAUUUCGGUCUCGAGCAACGUCUCACUUUCGAAUGCCUGAAUACUCCGCACGACGUUGCUUUAACGGAAACCGCACUCCUUACCGACCUUGUUGAGAAAGACGAGCUGAACAUGCUUCAAAUUUUGGUUGCUAUGCCGCACUUGAACCGCUUGGAGGAGUUGACAGAUUGACUGAAUAUUAUCAGCGACACCGUGCUCGCGCAGACGUUUUGAUGCCUCGCAUUGAUAUUUUCAUGGAAUGCAAUUAGUAGCAGAAUGCAAAAUCUGAGAGGGUGACAUUGGUUCCCCUCUUGAUGAGGACAGCACAGCAAGCAUGACCAACAUAAGGACAUUGCUUUAUCAUAUCUUUCGUGACAUAGGCAUUUGAUGUACUAGCCAGAUUACAUUUAGAAAGAUGAAAGCCAUUGCCAUCUUGAAAAAAACUACUGACGAAGGAGCCAGCCCAGGUCCAAAAUACUAGACUUGAGCGCCCGGCCCCGGUAGCACUCCCCCCACUAGAGUCCUCCACUCCCUACGCGCACUCUCUCCGUCCCGGCGUGCUUCCGCUUCCCCGGCUCCUUCGCCGCCUGGCAACCGUCUGGCGGAGUUGAUCGGCCGGACAGGAGUCGGGGCGGGGGCGUGGCGUUACUUAAUAAAAGCCGCUGCAGAUCGAUUG